AUGGCGGCAGCUGAUGCCCUCGACUUCCAAAAGAUAAUAUCUGAUGGUGCGACCAAGAAACAGCCAGAUUCCUCAGCAGAGUUCCCGUUUGCUGACGGUGCCUCUUCUCAAAACCCAGCCCGUGAGCGCAAGAGAAAUGAAGCCCUUGCAGCUCGAAUAUUCUCCCGGUAUCGCAACCGGAGCUCGCUACCGAGCUUGAAGGCUGCGCCCAGUGGCUCGUUAGCCAGUCGUGUUGGUGUGAAGAAGCAUCGGACCUCGGACACCGUUGUGCGCAAGACAAGCGGUUCCCGGCAGGGUAAUGUCAACCGCGAGUGGACGCACGAUCUCCACGAUUCGAUAAACUCCAGCCCCUUGCCGCUCAGCUCGCGCGCGAGACUUCCCGACACCAAACCCCAGGUUGCGACCAAGAACAUGGCCUCUGGCGGCGGGCCGCGCGCCUCACUACGGGCGCCUGUCGCCCAUGCGAUGGAUCUCGACCCGGACCACGAUCAUGACGACGGCAGCUCGCCACGAGACAGCAUCGGCAUAUCGAUCCGUGGACUAGCCGGCCCCUUCGCUGUCAUAGGCCAGAACUUUGCGCCGGGCACCACGGCAGCUGAUAUUGAGAGUGCCAUGGCCCCCAUUGGUGGCGAUAUGGUAAGCUGCAAGAUUACCAAGACGAGACCAUUUCUUGUGGCCGAAAUGCUAUUUGCGUCCCGUGAGGGCGGCCAGCGGGUGAUUGACACAUUUGACAACAAGACGGGCAUGUCGGCAGGCCGACGGUAG